AUGUUCUAUGCAAGGGAAGGAGAGAAAGCCUGGGCUCGGAUGUGUGAGGAGAUGAACAGGCAAGCUGAAGCUAAAGCUCAGCGGAAGGCUGAGCGCAAUGCCUCCCUUAAAAACCUUCUGCCACGGGCACUGGGCAUCUUCAGGUUCAAUCGAAAUUUAUUGUCCAGUGCAAAGUCCACCGCCGAGUCUUCGCUGUGCGAGCGUGACUCUAUGGACAAGGAGUCAAAGACGGUUUCCUGUGCGUAA